ACUCAGUUUCACUGGUUUGGUGAGGAGGACAGAGGUUUAGUGUGGUCGUGGUGGGACGUCCUGCGUUGACCGGCGCUGUCCAAGGUCCUGGAGGAGUAAGACUGCUGUCAUUGAGUCUCAUCCGAGGGGAGAGCACCUAAACUAAUGUACACUAAUGCUUUUGUAGCCCCUCUUUUCUGUCUUAUCGUCAUUUCAUCCCGGUGUCAGAUUAAAGCUGAACUCAGUCUUUGUCGCCAUCACCUCAGGUCGUCCUUGUCCUUCUACCAAACGAGCUUAUGGGUUAGAAAUACCUCUGCCUCCCUUCAGAGUGCCGAGCCCGGCCGUGGCGAGGAGGCGGACGCUUUAAAGGGAACUGGCUCCGACGUCAGCACCGUUUUGGACAUGUGGUUUUGGCAUCCAAUAGCCUGAUCGGGGCUUUAGACAGCCUCUUUCUCACAGGAGAUCCCUCUGGUGAAGACCAGCGUAGACAGGACUUAGCAACGGCAGCAAGAUCACCACCACAUCCAACUAGGGCCGAGAUUUCCUCCUGACACACACCUGCAGCAUCUGUUCAUUAUUUUUUAUUUCCUCCCUCCCCAUCUAGAAACCACCGUGUAGCAGCCAUGUCUGUAGCGGGGCUGAAGAAGCAAUUCCACAAAGCCACUCAGAAAGUGAGCGAGAAAGUUGGAGGUGCAGAAGGAACGAAGCUCGAUGAGGAAUUCACCGAAAUGGAAAAGAAGAUUGACACCACCGCUCGGGCAGUGAUGGACAUCAUGACCAAGACUACUGAGUAUCUGCAGCCGAACCCAGCCACCAGAGCUAAGAUGAGCAUGAUGAACUCCAUGUCACGUAUGAGGGGGCAGGAGAAGGGACCGGGCUACACGCAGACCGAGACCAUCCUGGGAGAGACCAUGCAGAGGUUUGGCAGGGAACUCGGAGAGGAAUCCAACUUCGGGAUUGCUCUGAUUGAUGUUGGGGAAGCCAUGCGUGAGCUUGGAGAAGUUAAGGAUGCUCUGGACAUGGAGGUCAAGCAGAACUUCAUCGAUCCACUGCAGAACCUCCAUGAAAAAGACCUGAAGGAGAUUCAGCAUCACCUAAAGAAAAUGCAGGGUCGCCGUCUGGACUUUGAUUAUAAGAAGAAACGUCAGGGCAAAGUGACGGAGGAUGAGAUCAAACAAGCGCUUGAGAAGUUCGACGACUCCAAGGAGAUUGCUGAGCAGAGCAUGUUCAACCUGUUGGAAAGCGACAUUGAACAGGUGAGCCAGCUCGCUGCGCUGGUCCAGGCUCAGGUGGAGUACCACAGCCGGGCUGCUGAGAUCCUCACACAGCUCUCGAGUAAGGUCGACGAACGGAUAAGGGAAACCUCUAACAAACCGAGGAAAGAGUACUUUCCCAAACCACGUACAUCUCUGGACUUCUCCAUCAGUGAGAACCACAACGGAGGCAUCCACAGCGCUCGCUCUCCAGGUGCGAGGUCUCCAGCAAGGUCUCCAGCAAGAUCUCCAGCCAGGUCUCCAGCCCCUAUGGACCAGCCCUGCUGUCGUGCACUCUACGAUUUUGACCCUGAGAAUGAAGGCGAGCUAGGCUUCAAGGAAGGCGAUAUCAUCACUCUGACCAAUAAGAUCGACGAGAACUGGUACGAGGGGAUGCUGCAUGGCAACUCCGGCUUCUUCCCCAUCAACUACGUGGAUAUCCUGGUGCCGCUGCCCCACUAAGGACGUCACCACUAACCAGCUGUGUCUGCAGCAGUGGCAAAUCAAAUCCCGGCCUCCAGUUCCUCUCCCAGUAACCUCUUUCCCAAGCAUUCCUACCAACCACCUGUACUCCACUUUAAGGGAGCCAAAGCAUCAACAACGCAAUGACGAACGAAGAUGAUAACAAAGAUUGACGACAAAUUAAAGCAAGUAAGCACCAAUUGAGCGUAUAAACUUUAAAUGAGGAAAAAUCAGCAUUGAUGUCGUUGCUUCUCCUUAUCCCAGGAGGCACCUUCAGACUUCCAUAGUCAUUUUAUCCACUCCUGUCCUGGCUUUUGUCAAUCUGUUAUUAGUUUAUCACAGGAGCUUUACAAAAAACAAACAAAAAAAAAUUCACACUUUCUCUCAUUCACUGUACUUUGUGGAAACCUCUACAGUAGAUAGAAACUUCUCUUUCACAUACUAGAAAAAAAAAAAUCAGUCCACGUGCUUCAUGUUCGGUAGAGACUCUAGGUCAAGCAUGGUUUCAAGUGUUUAUAACGUUUUAACUAUUAAAAAAAUAUGUUGAUCUGAUUUUGCUUUGUUUUAAAUAUCCUGCUUCUUAAUGGUAAUCAUCUCCUGACAAGCUCAGGCAGGUUCUGGGGAAACCGUGUCCCUGUCAUGCUCAAAAAAUUCUGUCCACAGGAUGUCUUCACAAAAGUUGUAAACAAUUUCAACUGGCUGAACAGCAAAUAUCACCCAUAGUAUCUUUAUUUAUUUAUUUAUUUUUACAUAUCAACAUGAGCGUGUGAUUGGUCGUAUGUGAUGUACAGACCAAAGUCGCUUGCGAAAACCCAAAUGCAAUUUUGGCUUCAGUUUCACGACAGCACAGCGUCAGUAAAUCUGCGUGAAGCUUGCAGCCUCUAGUGCUUUGGUAUUUUCAUCAGGAGGAGUUAAACUGUUUCCUUAAGUAUGUGACAUACAUAUCUGAGCCAGUGUUUAGUGGAGUGAUGACGAAAACACAAGUCGUGAAGUUUAAACUGAAGUGAUGUAAGAAAACUACGGUGCAUAAGUUUCAAUCCUCUGAUGUGUAUUUUCUCAGCAGCUUGUGUGAAAAUGGUGGAUGUGUUGUGAUUAUAAUAACUUAUUGGACUUAACUGCCCACUGGGGCAACUGUUUUUCUCCGCAGCUGAAGGCGUAGCUCUUUUUGCUGCAUCCCUACUAGUACAAUUAGUAUUCUGUAGCUUAGCUGUCUGCCAUUGAUUGAGAUGAAAAUGGAAAUAGCCAGGAGUACACAAAUGGCUGAAAGGACUGAGAAAUUAUUUGUCUGUUCGGACUAAAUACCCUUUUGUGUGGACUAAAGCCACUGGUUUACCCCUCAUAUUAUGUUACACCUCAGAAAAAAAAAGCUACAUUAUUAAGACUAUACAUCAUGUUUAAUUUUCCCUAACCUGCUUUAUGGUUGUACGCAAUAUUAUGUGGGGUUUCCGUCCUUUCUUUAACUGAUGUACUGUUAGUCUAGAAAUAAAACUGACCUCAGUUUGUUUGAGUCAGCUGAGCACUUCCCUGGGGGUUUCAUUCUCUGCAGUGUCGACGACGUAUUAACCCUUCUGCAGAAUAAUCUGUGCAGCCGUGGUAGGAUUUUUUUUUUUUUUUCCCCCCACCCAUCUUGUUGUAACGUUGUUGCGUGCAUUUUGGGGGAGGGGCGCGUAUUUUGGGGUUGCAUAAUGUACAUGUUAUGCACAGGGACAGGGUAGCAGAGGACCUCUGAUGCUGAGGUAUUUGUGAUAUACAAAACAAACAUGGAUGUCUCUUUAAUCAAAGGACCAAUUCAUUACAUUCAGUAAAAUCACGAUAAAUUAUGCAAAAUCAACUGAUAUCCCAUAUUAAGUGUUUUUUGAGGGGAAGCACAACUCUAACAGACAGUAUCCUCUGUUGGCUUGGGAAGAAAAAUGAUACCGUUUGAAGGUUGUGUAUUUAUUUUUUGUAACGACGAUAAGAAACCUUCCUUCUUUUUCUCUUUCACUUUUUUUUUUUAACAAUCGUGUGUAUCUUUGCCCUCAAUGAGGACUGUACAGCUUUUCUGUGUUUUGUUUUCACCUUGUGUGUAUAGUCGCGCAUCUACAGUAACGUAUCUUAUUUUUGUAAUUGUGACAAAAGUAUACACAUACAGUAUAGAUGUAUAUAUACAGUAUAUUAUCCAGAAGCAAUGUGAAAGGAGGGAUUCUCUGAGCUGCACAUGAUUGUCUUUGGAUUGUUUUUUUUUUUCUUUCUUUUCUUUGUUAUAUUUAAUUCUGUCUUUGUUUUCUUUCAUUCUUGCACCGGAUUCUAAGACUGUAUGCUUGAUGUAAAGAAACCGAUGUGAUAAGUCAAUGUAAUUUAUUCAAAUAAACACAAAGAAAUAGUCA